CGAUACUCUGCCAACCGUGGUAGCUAUCCCCUGAACUCUGCACGGGCAGGAUCGUCUUGCCUUGGGCACAUGAGCCACGGCAGCAGACGAAGAUCUCACUCACUGAUAGACGUCAUUUACGGUCCAACCGCGCGCUCUAUGGCUGGUCUACGAGGUAUAUAAACAGACGACGUUCACCGAGGAAAUCAUCAUCCACCACUCAACACUCUCAGCACUCCGAGUUCUCAUCAACCUUCAGGCAACAUGUCUCAGAACAACACCCACAAGAACCCGGAGCGCGUCGCCGCCGGCUACAAGGGCACUCUCAACAACCCGAACGCCGGGCAGGAGGCCAAGGAGAACGCGUCCCAGCGUCUCCGCGAGCACGGCGAGGACCAGCCGCGCGCCUCCAUCGGCCGCUCGUCCAGCGGACUUGCCGACGAUAUCGACUCGGACGACGAGUACGUCCCGGGCCGCGACGAGGAGCGCACCGGCCUUGGUGAUUACAUCGGCGGCAUCGACGCUGGCAUGGCGAACAGCAACGAGCACACCAACAAGAACAAGGGCAACGUCAUCGGCGGG